CGUUCCCAGUUCCCGCAUUUUCAUUAGUAUAUUGGACUCUUGUCCGUCGUGUUGAGUUUAUAUCAGUGUGUUUAAAUAAUCAUAAAGAAGUUCAAUUCCGAAAAUGAGUAAAGCACAUCCACCAGAACUUAAGAAAUAUAUGGAUAAAAGACUAUCCCUGAAAUUGAAUGGUGGUCGGCGUGUUGUUGGAAUAUUAAGAGGUUUUGAUCCAUUUAUGAACAUGGUUAUAGAUGAAACUAUAGAAGAAUGUAAAGAUGGUACCAAAAAUAAUAUUGGAAUGGUGGUAAUUCGUGGCAACAGUGUCAUCAUGUUAGAAGCAUUAGAUAGAAUAUAGUUUAUACUUUAUAAUUUUACAUUCCUUUAAUGUAUAUUUUUAAAUAAAUCGAAAUCUGUCCUUUAAGAUGUAAUCAAGAUUAUCAAGAUAUUAUACAUUUGGAACUUUGACAAAUAGUAUAAUUUAUUCUAAUAUUUUUGUACAAAUGAUUUUUUUCUUUGACAAAAUUAUAGUACAUAUUGUGUUUUAGGCUUUCGGAAAAAAGCUGUCAAUAAAUAAAUCUGUCUAUUGGUUUCAUUGCAA